CCAGGCGUCCUCACUAGUGGUAUCCCUAUCGCUCAUAAGCGACAGAACUAUACUCAAUCUGCACUAGGUCACCCUUUGAUGCCUACCGCAGCGUAAUGUACAGGCCGAUUUAAAAAAAAAAAAAAAAAGUAAUUGGUGGUUGUGUCAGAGACUAAACAUUUGGGUCCAACAGUGCGCGAUGCGGUGCGCUAUGCGGCCCUCGGCUGUGCGCACACCCGUGCGCGAUGCGCGCGCACUGAUGCGCACUGCGCAGUGCGCUGUGCGGCACUCCGGUGCGCUGGGGCGUGCGCGUGCCAAGCGCACUUCCGCGCAUGGUGAUUGUCUGAUAGCCUUCUACUCCCGUCAACUUCUGUCCGCCGAGAUAAACUACACCGCUGAUGAACGUGAGGUUCUCGCAGUAGUUUAUGCCGCUCGGCACUGGCGUCACUACCUGCACGGGGCACCAUUCACAGUGCGCACGGACAACUUUGUUGUCCAGGCUUUUCUGACAAAACCGAAGCUCCCUCCUCGACAGGCUCGCUGGUGGCGCGACCUAUCCGAGUUUAGUUUCACCACUGAGCACAUCAAGGGUGAGACUAAUCGGGUCGCAGAUGCCUUAUCCCAGCGCCCUGACCACGACCAGGAGCAGAUCCAACUCUCUUCCAUCUCGGUCACCACCGUCCACCACUCGGUGAUCGACGAGUUUCGCACUUCGUGUCACCACUGCCCCGACUAUCGCGACAUCCACGUGACCCUUCAGAGUGGCAAGACCGUCCCGAACUACUCUCUCGGGGACAACGGUCUUGUGUACUGGCACGGUUCACAAGGCACCAGAGAGCCCCGUAUUUGCGUUCCCUCCACUGGCCAGCUACGUGUCCGAGCAGUAGCAGAGUUCCAUGACCAGGCAGCCGCCGGUCAUAUGGGUUUCCACAAGACGUUGGCUCGUGUGAGCCGCCUGUACGUCUGGCCGAAGCACAAGGACUUUGUGAAGGACUACGUCGCAGAGUGUCCGACCUGUCAGGAGGUGAACAGUGCGAACCACCUUCCUUAUGGUUUGCUCCAGCCUCUUCCUAUCCCUGAGGGUCAUUGGCAGUCCAUCUCGAUGGACUUUAUCGGUCCUCUUCGUCCUCCGACCCCUCGCGGUCAUGAUGCUAUCCUGGUCGUCGUCGACCGCUUCACGAAGCGUGCACGCUUUGUUCCGUGCCGCUAUGCCAUCAGUGCACGUGAGGUCGCCGACAUCAUGUUUGACCGAGUCCUCCGCUUCUCCUCGCCUUACCAUCCUCAGACUGAUGGUCAGACCGAGGUCACGAACAAGAUUCUUGGAGAUAUUCUCCGAAAGAUCGUUCGUGACGACCAGCAGUGGGAUCUCCAUCUUGCCCACGCGGAGAUAGCCUACAACCACGCCGUUUUGCCAGCCACGAGGAUGUCGCCUUACUAUUGCGACCUCGACUAUCACCCUUGUGUUCCCGCGGACUUCCUUCGACCGUCACAGAUGCACCCCGACACGAGUUGUCCCACGGUGGACGAUUGGGUUGCACACAUGACGUCGAUCAUGAAGACCGCACAUGAGCAAAUAGCCGCUUCCCAGACUCACAUGGCAGCACGUGCAAACCGAUCGAGGAUGGAUCAUCCAUUCAAAGUCGGUGAUGAUGUGCUUAUCGACGCCCGCCACUUACAGCUCGAAGUGGACAAGCUUCGCAAGUUUCGGCGUCGCUUCUUUGGCCCAUGCCGCAUCCUCCAGGCCGUCGGUUCUGAUACGGCUUCUAGCCUGGUCAGCUUCCGUGUGAAGCUGCCCGACUACUUGCGCCAGGCCCGUGUGCACGAUGUCUACCACGUCUCGUUACUGCGUCCUUACCGCAGACCGUCUGAGCGUUUCGCUGGACGACCAUACGAGCGCCCCCCACCCAUCAUGGUGGACGACCACGAGGAGUUCCUCGUUUCAGACAUCAUUGGUCGCCGAGUCACCGACGACAACCUCCUCACGUCGAGUAUCUCGAUUCUCGGUGUCUUUAAUGAUGCAGGUGUAGUCGAUGUGGGAGGCACAGAUAACAGGGUUGUGAUUGCUGCAUUUAUUGAUCAAAUUGCCAAGGUUCUGGGUCUGCUAGAAGAGCACAACAUGACGUCGAGCGACCCCAAGUCAAAGCAUUGUAUGAGGGAGGCCACGAUUCUGGGCUUUGUCUGUAACAAGAAGGGGCGGAGGCCAGAUGUGAAGAAGUCGGACAAGAUCCUAGAAUGGUCAGUCCCCUUCCAGUCGAUAACGAACGUGAGGAGUUUCCUUGGGACCUGUGGCUUUUGGAGGAAUUUUGUGAAGGACUUCGCCACCAAGACGGAGCAUUUGAGAAAGUUGGUGCGUCAGGAUCAGGAAUGGGUCUGGGGCGAAGACCAGGAAAAGGUUGUGGAAGGGAUGAAGGGAGAGUUCAAGGAGGGAGGCUUGGUGCUGGGGGCACCAAGUUAUGAGGCCACGGAGGAAAAGCCAUUCGUGGUCGAGACGGACGCUGGGCCGACGGCCUUAGGAGGGGUCCUGAUUCAGGCAGAUGCGGAUGGGAAGGAGAGGAUGCUAAGGUUCGAAAGUCGCACUCUCAAUACGACUGAGAGGAACUAUUCGCAGUUCAAGAAGGAGACGCUGGCAGUACUCCAUUGCCUGAGGACCUUCCGGAACUAUAUUUUUGGCAGGAGGCUCAUUUUGAGGGUGGACCCUACUGCCCUGGCAUGUUCCCUGAAAAGUUAUACUCCAUCUGACCCAACCAUCGUAAGGUGGUUGACUUACAUUUGGAUGUUUAACUUUGAGCUGGAGAGGAUUCCAGGGGACAAGAACAGGGCGGAUGGGCUGAGCCGUAUCAACUGGGAUGGGACGAGCCAGGAGGCAAUUGAGGACACCCCACCAGUCGACGGGUUUUUGGACCAAGAGGAGGAUGUCCGCCUCCACAUAAAUGAAUGGUCGCUGAGGGUGCCUAGCUGCGUCACGCAUCCAAUAUGGCUAGCACCAAGGGGUUACGAACGAAAGGAGGAGCUGGUCCUCAAGCCCUUUCAGGAGGAAGAUCCGUGGGGGAGUAGGGAUGUUGGCUGGAUGAUGAAGCUGGCAUUGGCAGGUACACAUAGUCUGGCGGAGGAGGUAAGGACGAUAGAGGCAUGCCCGAACCAGGUAGAGGAGCAUGAGCAAUUAGUGGGAGGGAUGUAUUUGCUCACUAAUACGCUCCUGCAGGGGACCUUUAGUCAGAGGAGUUCAACUGGCCCUGAGGAGAGCGAACUUCUCAUUCCUGAAAGCCAGGACGACGAGUUCGAAGAGGGAGAGAUCAGGGAGGCCUUCCGCGCUGAGGAGUAUGCCAGGAUCUAUCGGGAACUGGGGUGUGACUUUUCGAAGGCAGUCAUGCAGAGGGGCGGGAGGGACACACGGCCACGGCAGGGGCCCGAGAGGGUAGCAGGAGGGGACAAGCACCAUGAGCCGCCUAGGAGGGAGCCUACGCCCGAGUUCGAGGACGAUAACAUAGAGCUUUUCCUGGACGUAAAUCGGGAUCAUGCGACACAAAGAGGGUGGUCAGUGGCGGAGAGGAUCCACCACUUGAGGGGCUUAGGGCGGUUUGAGGAGCCUGUCGCUCAGAUAUGUGAGGAGGCCCUGACUUGGCCGGACGUGGAGGUCGGGAUGCAGAGGUUGAGAGCUUCCCCUAGGGGGCGCGAUGGCAUGCCCAUUCGAUUGGAGGAGGGGAACGUGGAGGAGUUCAUUCCCGCAUAUGAGCACUACAUGUUGAGUCAGGGGAUUGCGCGGGAGGAGUGGGUGCAGGCCCUACUUAUCUGGACGAGGGGGGCAAAGAGGCCGGUGUCCAAACAGAUUCGGGAGAGGGCCCGCGACUGGGAGGACUGUCAGGCCCAGCUCAGGAGGGCGUUCGGAGGGCCAGAGCGCGAGAGGCACAAGCCCAGGGUCGAGAGGCGACGGCGAAGCAAAAGGCCAAGGGAGCCGACACUGAGAGAGGCGGGGCUGGCUAGAGAGAGGAGGAGGGCCCCAGCACAGCAGGAGGAUGAGCCCGCAGGGCCCGCACUGGCAGAGGAGUCAUUCCCGGCUUGUGGCCUCCGGGCAGUUGAGUUUCGCCGGAUUACGAGCGAGGAGCUGAGAUCGUCCUCACCGUUGCCAUCAGCGCAGGAGCUGGACAUACCAAGGGAGACGCCAUUCCGAAGCUUAGCGACUCAUCUUGAUGUAUCUCAAUGGGAGGCCUUACGAUUGGGGGAGGGCUCAGUUGAGCCGACGCGCUAUGUGCCGUUAGAGGAGCCUUUGGACCCCGAGACGGAGACGAACAGGCAAGACCGACAGAAGCCACUGGAUCCUGAGAUGGAAGCCGAGCAGCCGGAUCCGGUACGACCUCAGGGCAAGGAGGUGAUCACGGUCGGAGACGAUACCCCCCCAUGCUCCCCAGUUUCGGAGCCAGCACAGCAUUCAUGGCCAGAGGGGAUUCUUGAGCCAGGCAGCGAGGAGAUUCCGGAGUUUUUCCCUGAAGCCACCGCUAUGCCUGAGCAGGAGGCAGAGGCGGAGGGUCAGGGAGUGUGUGAGAGAGCGAGGGUGGAGGCGCCCCUUGACUUGCCAUCGGCCACGCACGUGACCAAGAGCCCAGUUAUCGAGGAGCCUGUUCCAGCGGAGUUACUGCCAGCAGUGCCAUGCACGAACGAGGGGAUGGGGGCUGAGGCGUCGACUCCGGAAGGCCAGGGGCUGCGAGUAAGAAGAACCCCAAGGGAGACCCGCAAAGAGAAGUCCGCCCGAGUGCGGGUCCGUCUGGAUGAGAUACACGCGAGGCAGGCUGAGAUGGAGGCAGCAGGAAUAGAGCCGACACCGCCGGCCGAGCCCAAGACGAGUGAGCAGAGGAUCGACGAGUUGUGGGCCAGGUAUGAGAGCCAGAGGGAUGCAGCCCGCCAAAGGUCACGAGAGAGGGGACAAGGGGACGAGGGGGCGGGUGAGCUGAGAGAGAUGGGGGACUUGGGGUUCUCCGCGACCAGGCAGGCGAUUGAGCGCAUGGAUCGGAGGAUAUGUGAGACGGAAGUUACAUCCUUCCAGUGGUAUAAUCUACUCAGCAAUGAGGUCAGGGUCAGAGAGUUGGAGGUGGAGCACCUGACUACUCAGCUUGCCGAGGAGAGGGCGAGGAGCCAGGCCUUUGGGAGCCCUGCUCCCGCUCCCGCUCAUAAUAGGCCAAAAAGGAAGAAGUACGCAGUCCGGCUGCACAGUCCCCGCUCCCGCUCCCGCUCCAUUCGUCUGAUCAGUCCCCGCUCCCGCUCAUAAUAGGCCUCUUCGUCCUCUGUAACAAGUACGGGGACCGGGCGACACUUCUUAUCUA